CAUCAGCGGCAGCAGACGACACACACUCACACACACACACACACACGAGGCUGGCGAGCGAGUGGAGGCUACAGUGAGUAGUGAGUAGCAGCAGACUACAGUGCCCGCGGGAAGGUUGCUCGGUGCACUCACUACGCUCCUCGCACUAUGGACCGCUUGCUUAUUUUCUCUCUCUGGACCGCUCUCUUAUCUCGCGCGACAUGUACAGACCUUGCUGCAGUAUACCAGUACAGUCUCCUUCACAUUCGGGAUGCUGACAAGGUCGUUCCUACCUCACCAAUCCCAUGGAAAAAUGUGACACUGCAGCUUCCCCAUGACCUCUGCUACCCUGUGGGUGUAGCUCAUGACCCCAAGAACAACAGGCUUUUUGUGUCAGAUGCCAUCCAGUGCCAUGCUCAUAUUGUAUCUGUUUCCCUUGAUGAGGAACAUGAAAUACAUUCAGUUGUUGAUGGAGAUGGUGUUCUUGUGGUUGAAGGAUUAUCAUACAACCCAAGAAGAGAUCAACUCUACUGGACAGAUACCACUACUCAUAACAUUUACAAGGUCCAUGUCCCAGCGGAUCUUGAUGACGACUUACCACCAGAGCCUAGACCAGUUAAUGAUUUUGGGAGCAUAGUCAACCCACGAGGAAUUGCAGUUGACUACUGCAAUGAAAUACUGUAUUGGGCUGACCGUGGAGAGUCCGGAGAAGUGCCAAGUAGUAUAAAGAUGUAUGAUCUUGAGGGUACAAAGCACACCAUUGUUCACCAAGCAAAAGAAGGUCAAGAUGUUUUCUAUCAGGACCUGACAUAUGAUGCUGAAACUGGGCAGAUCAUCUGGGCAGAAACAACGACAGACUCACAUGAAAACAGCAGCUGCAGAAUUAUCAGUUCUGGGGAGUCAGGAGAAAGAGUUCUGGUCAGCAGGGAACAGUGCUACCCCUUUUCCCUAACCACUGAUGGCAACUAUGUGUAUUGGUCCGACUUUAGCCAAAACGGCAUCAUGAGGGUUAGCUUGAGUGAUCCAGAAGAUGUAGUUAUGCUGGUUCACACUCCUGGAUUUAAAAAUAAUCAUGGGACAUAUUAUGGCGCAUAUGGUAUUGUUGCUUUGAAUGGGCCCAGUGGAGACUCCAUCGAGGACUUUUGCAAGGAAAGAAUGAAACCCAAGUUACAGAAGGAGGAACCAAAUGAUCUAAAGGAAGACAUAAGAUUAGAGGAAAAGCCUGAAUUUGCAGCUGUAAUGGAUGAGACCUUGGUUGACGAAGGUGAUCGAGCGACAACCAAAGUGGCUUAUCAUGUAGAAGUACAAGGAGGCGAAACUACAGUGCUACCUGAUGUAGAAAUACUUAAUGCAGAUGAAGAAAAAAUGCAUUUUGAAGAGUCACAGCAUCUCACACAAAUUUCACAUGCAGACCCAAGUGAUGAUGCAAAAACAGAACCAGAAACUGAGCAAAAGGAAUAUAUUAAUUCUAAUUCUCCACCUGUAUUGAAAACAGAAGGUUCUACAGUUUAUUCUCAAAAUUCUGAAGAGAAAUCACCAACUGAUUAUUUUAGAGCUCAAGUGUACAGUGAAAAACAACUUUAUAUCAUUGUGAUUGUAAUAUUGGCAGUGUGUUGUGCAUUAUUUUUCUGCACAACGCUAGGCCUGAGUGUGAAGAUACUGUUUCUCAGGAGAGCAGACUUACCAAAAGGAGAAUUGCCAACUACAAUUCCAACUAAAGGAACCCCGGCAAAGAAACCUCGUCAGCCGAAGAGGUUUGGGCCUCCUAAAAAGGCUGGCUUUACGGCAGUCUCAACUUGCUCAAGACAGGCCGAUGAUGGUGUUCACAUCAACAUUGAGGACUGCUGUCAAAUGACACUGUGCGAAACGCCUUGUUAUACGACCGUAAAGAAAGAAGGAAAAGGGUAUAAAGCUGGUAAAGAAGAUAAGAAAAGUUUGCUCGAAAAUUACAACUUCUGAUAAUUUCACUUAAGAGUUUCGGCGUUAGAAGCCAGUGGUUAAGAGCACCUUACGUAAGCGCCUUGCCAAUUAAACAAGAUGACUGCGGGCUACCAAACAUGAAACACGACAAGAGUGAGUAUUGGUAUUUUUACACAUCAAGUCCAUAUUAUCAGCUCAUUCCUCCGUUUAGGUUUAGCUGUAUCAGUGGAAACAUUUCUGAACAGUGCAAUAUGAUGGGAGUAUGGUGGUAUUGUAGAAGGUAAUUGAAUCAGAAAGCUUAAAUCCACAUUGUUUAAAGUUAUUCAUUUUUGGUCCUGUAAGCAAUAUUUCUUUUUCUGUGGACAAAAAAACAACAAAAAAACAGACUUGCCUUUACCAUUAUGUGAAACUAUCUGCAGAGUAAUGACUUGUUAAAGGGAAGUGCUCAGCCUUGUCCAGAGAAUUUUAUUUAUUAUCAAGCUGUAAAUUGGACUCAGUCAUGAGAUGUAUUAUAUACUUACUCUGUAAAUAUAAUGUUACAAGUGUUCUAAGACAUUGUAUAUUAUGAAGAGGGUCUGUCAUAUCAGAUAGGCAUCAUCAAAUUCACAUAUGCACAUGCACAUGCACAAGCACUGGUGUAUGUCAUGCACGCACACACCAGCAGACACAGAUCCAUAAACACGCAGACACACACAUACACAAACACAUAGACACAUGUCAACAUGUCUGAUUUCCCCGUCUGUUAAAGUCAAUAUCAUAAUGGCUGUGAAUUACCUCAUUUUAGAUUUUGCUGCAGUUACAUCUUGGCACAAUGGUUAUUUGUUUUCAUUCCUUGUACUGCCAGUAAAUGGGUGUGGGUAAUCUUGCUCAUGCAGGACCUUUUCAGGGGGUUAGGCCCUUACCUGCACUAACCAGUGGGGCUACUCAGCUGCACCUUUUGUGUGGUUAUUAUUUUUUUUCUUUGAGAGGAUAAUUUCAAGAAAAAAAAAAAAAGAACACUAAAGUAGUAUUUCUUGCACUUAUUAAAAUUAUUGUAAAUCACUUGAUAUUUGGUGGAAUCAUUAUAGGUUACUGCUCAGAGCCACGUCAAUAGGUGCCAAAUAGUGUUUCCAUUAAUGUUGUUCUGAAUCUGGUUAUGUAUUUUAUUUUAACUUGUCAUAGUUUUUUGUCUUCCAGCAUGCCAUUAGCUUUUCCUUUUGGCUUGCUUUGGCUUUUAACAAAAAUUUUAUUGAAAAAAAAAAAAAAAAAUCAGACAUUAUCCUUUUUCAAUGGAACAGGUUUAAGCAACAUCUCUGUAUGUUACAGAUGUCUGACAAGAAUGUUUUAUAAAGAUCAAAAAGGAGUGGCACAAAAGCUUUUCUUUCUUUUUUUUUCUUCUUAUUUUUUAACAGACUAAUCUCAUUGGAUUUUAAGUAUAAUGAACAUUAACUUGUUAUACUUGAGCCAUAGAAUUAUGGAAAAAAAAGGUAUAAGUAUCAAAUGUACAGUAAAAUACAUGAAUCUGAGAAUCUGUUAAUUCUACAUAUUUGUCUGUGUAUAUAUGGUGCUCAGAUUUUAUGAUUUAUAUGCAUUUUAUGAGUAUAUGGACAUAGUUCAUGUUAUCACUCGGAAUCCUGAGAACGGUGCAAGAGACUGUUAUCGAGAAAGUGUAAAAAGUAUCACAGAAAAACUAACAACAUAUCAUCAUAUAUAUAUGCUUCAUCCACUAACAAAUCAAAUGGUAACAACCCCAUUGAACUUACUGUUUCGUACGUUCAAUAACCGAAGGUGAAAGUGCUCACUACUUAAAGCAGCUUUUCUCAUAUUCAUAACAUUUCAUAAAGGUGUUAAUAUUUAUUGUAUUUUGGAGUACAUGUUAAAGGGAUGUUUUGCCCCAAAUGUGUUUUCUGUGUUGACUUAUAUAUGAGUGUAAGAUGUGUAUAAAAUCAUCUCUGCAUAAAUGAAGGUUUUGUGGUUGGGAAAUAAUCAGUGCAAGAUCUGAUGUAAAAAGUUAUUAUACAAGUUGAGUUACUGAUCAUUGUAUGGCUUUGACUUACAAGUUAUAUUGUCCAGACAUGAACUCUGGAAUUGUUAAUAUUAUAGCUGAACUGUGAUAAAGAACUAUUAGAGAAAAACGAUCAUACAUGAACAAUCUAUAAUCCAAAGCAUAUUUAUAUUUAUGUAUUUUAUAUUCAUUUAAAUGGCUGUAAAGCAUUUCACUUUCUAAGAAGAGUGCAAUGUUGAUCUUCUAAAAAAGAUGGGUUUUCUUUUAUUUGAAGGUUAAUGCUGGUCUUAACCAGGCCGACAGUUAAAAGUAUAUAUCAUCCUCAUUACUACCAGGGAAGGAGAAUUGUGUCCCAAAUUCAGAUGGUCUAGUGUUAAUUUUUUUUAUACAAAGAUCUGAAACUUUGCACCAUUUUUUUUUUCUCUUAAUUAUUAUUAUUAACUAUAAUGGUUAUUGUACUUUGUAUAAUCCAGCUUCCAAUAUAUGGGCCUGUGAUUUCUUUAACCCUCUGACCUUAAGAAGAGGUAGAGAUUAACUAUAUUUUAUAUAAUUUUAUUCUAUUAUUAAGAUGGGAUAUGUUUGGGGUGUCAAACAUGUCAACAAAUAGAUUUUAAUACAGUGUUGGUAUCUAGGGUCAGCUCUUCAAUGCUUGUGCAAAGUCCAUCUCAAUUUGGUGUCAAAAGGUUAAUGGUUAAUAAUUAAGACAUAAAUGUGCUAGACACCAAGGGUCAUGCAGCACAACUGGGUGUCAAAAUCUAGUUUAUAAUUCCAGGGUUACAAAAAAAAAGUAUUACCCUGUAGUAACUUUCAUCGGUAAUGGUGAAACAAAAUGGUAAUGUUUGAAGUUGUUGGAUCAGUCAACUAGCGUUUCUGCUUUUGAGAGUAGGAAACGGUUGUGUGGAAAGAAUGCAUAGUUUUCUAGUCAGGAUUACUUUCUUUGGAGCGGCAGGUUAUUAUUAAUUUUUUUUUGUCGACAUUUUUCUGUUUUGAAGAACAGUUGAAACUUCCUCAGGGAAAUAAUCUAAACUAUUGUUUGUGAGUUUCGAGGAAGAUCAGUUGGUUGUGAAGAGGUACAGUAUUAAUGUUGUAAAGUAGCCGUUUUUGUCUGCAGUUGCAUUUAUUUUUUCUGAAGGUAAUGAUGCGUAAUUAAACAAUUUCCUUUGUUGAUUUUCUAAUAAGAAACUAAUAAAAAAAAUAAUAAUAAUAAUAAUAAUUUCUGACAAAGUACAUUUUAAUGCAAUCAUAAAUGGUUUUCCAAAUCUGGUUUUCCAUUUCUUAUUUGAAAACAUCUGCUACAUAUGAGCAUAUUAAUGUCUUUAUAUAUGAGUUUAUUAAUACCUUCAUAUAUGCAGAUCUCUGAGAGGUAUAAAACUUUCAAGAAAUACUUAUUGACGGUACCAUGGCAGAAUGGCACAGCCCUAGUACUAAUAUUGUGUAUAAAAUGCUGUAGUAAAAUGGUGGGACUCCCUUUAACUCUGCAUAAUAUCUAGUUAUUUAAAAUAUUACCAUCUCAAGAGGAGAGAGAAAAAACAAAAAAAAAAAAAA